UCCUGUUCUGGGAACAAAGCGGGUCCUCCCUUCGCCCAAGCCUGUGUCCCAAGGAGCGGAGUCUUGGAGCCCAGCUCUGAGACAUGCGUUCACCAAGGCGCUGCCGAGGUCGGCUUGGGGCAGGGACGGGUUUGUUUGGCUGCGCAGACUCCCCAGGCCCGGCGAGCCUGUUCAGAGGGGUGUUGUCGGAAUUCAGCAAAGCCCAGGUGAACUCUGUGCCCACCGAGGGACUGAGCCCAGAAACGGAGGUUCCCGUGCUGCAGGCCUCACUCACCCUCCACGGCCUGGACACCAGCACACCCCCGCCCUUUGAGGUACCUGCGGAGCCCCACCCUGCCCAAGCAUCCCCUGGGACCCGAGAUGGGGCCCACACGGGGGAGCCUCUUUCCCAGGCGCCUGGCCCUGGGGGCUGGCUGAAGCUGGGCAUGGCCCAGGCUGUCCUUUCGGGGAGCACUUCAGGCCAGCAGCCUCCUAGUCCUGUGAGAGAGGCAACCAGAGCAGUUGGCCAAGGAAGUGGCCAGCGGAAGCCCCUGGAGGAUGACAGACCUCGGCUGAGCCUUGUGGUUCCCUCACCCACCAGUCCGAUAAACACAAACUGGAUCUCAGAAGAUGACUUCUACCAGCCUCCCCGGGAACAGCCCGUGGAGAGUCCUUCCGAUGCCUCUGUAGGUUCUCCCAGAGGGACUCCAGAGUCAAGGCCUGGUCUCCUCACGCAAGGACCAAGAAGAAGCUGUUCCUUGGAGGCCUUGGACAAAGCUUGCGUGCCUUCCCCAGGAAGCAGGAGAGGUGAGGCCACCCCGGCACCAGAGCAUAAUGACUUCAGGGUGGUGCAUCGCAGGCAGAUGGGGCUGUCCAACCCAUUCCGGGGGCUCCUGAAGCUGGGCACGGUGGAGCGGCAGGGGGCCAUGGGCAUCUGGAAAGAGCUCUUCUGCGAGCUCUCCCCGCUGGAGCUGCGCCUCUGCCUGAGCGGCGAGGAGGGCACCUGCGUGGAGAACUGCUCGCCGCUGCGCUGCAAAUCUGUGGGGCCGGCCCACAGCGACGGCCGCUUCGAGCUGGUCUUCUCGGGCAAGAAGCUGACCCUGCGUGCCUCGUGCCGGGAUGAAGCCGAGGACUGGCUGGACCGGGUGCGGGAGGCGCUGCAGAAGUGCCGGCCCCAGCAGGAAGAGGAGUGGGUGACCAUCCAGUACCCGGACCAACCCGAGGACCCCCCAGAGGCCCCCCAGGGUGGCCACCCCUCCCAUUCGGACCUGCUCUCAGAGCCUGAAACCCCCCAGGGCCUGCAGUUGGACUGGUCCUCUUCCCAAGUUCCCGAGCCCGAUGCUAUUAAAGAAUCCCUUCUGUACCUGUACACGGACCGCACCUGGAUGCCCUAUAUCUUCUCCCUGUCCUUGGAGUCUCUGAGGUGCUUCUGCAUGAGAAACAACGAGACGAUGUUAAGUGACAGCCAUGGAGUCGAGACCAUCUGAGACAUCCUGCCGGACACAAGCCUCAGGGGCCCAUCCUUCUUCAAAAUCAUCACAGCCAACGCCGUCCUGAAGCUGCAGGCCGGGAAUGCCGAGGAGGCUGCCCUGUGGAGGGACCUGGUGCACAGGGUCCUGGCGUCCUACCUGGAGACGGCCGAGGAGGCAGUGACGCUCGGCGGGAGUCUGGAUGAAAACUGUCAGGAGGUGCUGAGGUUCACUACGUGGGAGAAUGGCUACCUGCUGCAGUAUCUGGUGGCCAUCCCCACGGAGAAAGGCCUCGACUCCCAGGGCUGCUUCUGUGCAGGCUGCUCCCGGCAGAUCGGCUUCUCAUUUGUACGACCCAAGCUCUGUGCCUUCUCUGGCCUCUAUUACUGUGACAUCUGCCAUCAAGACGAUGCCUCAGUGAUCCCAGCCAGGGUCAUCCACAACUGGGACCUCUCCAAGUGCCCG